UCGAUUACUUUUCCCUGACGUCAGCUUUAUAUGCCUUUGCGGUGCUCACAAAAAAAUAUAAUCAUGUCCGAAAAGUCAUCUGUCGCUAUAAUGUCAUUCCCGUGAAUCGAGACGAUUAAAGUUCACAUUCGAUUGGACUGCUCGUUUAUAAACUGACUGUAUUUCAGUAAAAAAAUGCCAAGUGGAGAGACUGUAUUGCUUGAACGCUAACGUUACCCAUGGUGUUUUUUCAAAUAGGCCUUUGCAAGCGAGCCCACCGUCUGUGAGGAGGCUGAAGUUAGUAGCUACAAUCCAAUUUCCCGCUGUGAUUUAUGAGUAACGAAGUCGACGAAAGAUGGACACAGACAAAUUUAACUAUGUGUACAGUUGUGACUUGGAUAUUAAUGUUCAACUGAAAAUAGGCAGCUUGGAGGGCAAGAGGGAGCAGAAGAGCUACAAGGCGCUGCUGCAGGAUCCCAUGCUCUGGUUCUCUGGCCUUUACCAGGAGAGCUGCUCAGACCUCUAUGUUACCUGUCAGGUGUUUGCAGAGGACAAGCCUCUGGCGCUGCCCGUACGCACCUCCUACAAGGCCUUCAGCACCUGCUGGAACUGGAAUGAGUGGUUGAGGCUGCCAGUGAAGUACCCAGACCUGCCCCAGAGUGCCCAGGUGGCCCUAACGGUGUGGGAUGUGUACGGGCCGGGCCGAGCCACCCCUGUGGGGGGAACCACCGUCACCCUCUUCGGCAAAUAUGGCAAAGCCAGACUGAAUACUGCUGACUGUACACUACCGGUCAAAGGUUUUAGCACACCUACUCAUUCAAGGGUUUUUCUUUAUUUUUACUAUUUUCUACAUUUUCGUAACGAGCCAGGGCUGACCAAGGCCCACCGGCAGGGUCACAUGGUGAAGGUAGACUGGUUGGACUUCAGAGGAAUAGAGAUGAUCAAUGAGAGGGAGAAAUGCAGUUCCAACUUCAUGUACCUAAUGGUGGAGUUUCCUCGUGCCAAAACUGGGGAAAAGCCAGAGUACAGUAUUGUCUAUUAUGAGAAGGAUGGAGAUGACACUUCACCUGUGCUCACCAGCGCUGACAUCGUCAAAGUCCCCGACCCUCAGAUGUGCAUGGAGAACCUUUUGGAGAGCAAGCACCAUAAGCUAGCCCGUAGCCUGCGGUGCGGACCGUCAGACCACGACCUAAAGCCUAACGCUGCCACACGAGACCAGCUCAACGUCAGUACCGUCACUCGACAACAACCGCGUGUUCCCCAGAUCUUGACUGCUCCAGCGGUGCCCUCACCUGUCCAGAAAGGAAAAGAAGGGGCGGCCAGCGAGAACCUCGAGCAGGACCUGUGUACCUUCCUCAUCUCCCGUGCUUGUAAGAAUUCAACACUGGCCAAUUAUCUGUACUGUUCUGGGCUGAUUCCACGAGUGGCGCCCCCGUUGUUUCAGACGGAGCGACUGCAGGCUCUGCUGGCGGACAAUGAGAAGGUGAACCUGUGUGAGAUUGACCCCAUCCCUCUGCCUCUGGAACCCUCGGUGAGAAUCAGAGGCAUCGUACCAGACACCGCCACACUAUUCAAGAGUGCUCUGAUGCCAGCCAAGCUGAUCUUCAAGGCUGAGGAAGGGAAGAUGUAUCCUGUCAUCUUUAAACACGGAGACGACCUGAGACAAGACCAGCUCAUCCUACAGAUCAUCUCUCUCAUGGACAAGCUGCUGAGGAAAGAGAAUCUAGACCUGAAGUUGACGCCUUACAAAGUGCUGGCCACAAGCACCAAGCAUGGGUUCAUGCAGUUUGUCCAGUCGGUGCCUGUGGCUGAAGUCCUGGCCACUGAAGGAAACAAUCCAGAGAAAACACGCCCCCAGUGAUAAGGGGCCCUAUGGCAUCAGUGCUGAGUUGAUGGACACCUACGUCAAGAGCUGUGGUGAGUCUACUGCUACUAACACCCUCCCACCUCACUGUCUCGGACCAAUCCCAGGCCUUGGUGUGGGUGACAUUAAAGACGCACUCCAGCAAUUGUUUUUACUUUUCCUGUUGAAAAACAAUAUCCCAUGUUUAAAUGCAGUAAUGUACACACACUCAAAGAUACUGUAUGCAGAAAUCGCUCCACCAUUUCCUGGUUGCAAAAAUGUGAAUGUUUAACUUAAUUUCAGUUGGUGUCAAAACAAGCAGAGUGUAGAGAAUCAUUGUACCAUCUAAACCUCUGUGAAAUAUAUUUUACAUAACCCAAAAUUGUGUGUGUGUGUGUGAGAGAGAGAGAGAGAGAGCUUGACAGGAUCCAUCCAUGACACUACUGAACAGAGGCCAAUGAUGCACUGCCAACCUCUGCUCACUGCAAGAAUGGAGAAAACUAAACCCGGACUGUGCGUUAGCAUUUUGUAUAUAUUCUGUAUAUUAUUGAUUCAACAUAUGAGAUGUAUGGCCAAAUAAAACCCUGUUGCUACGGUA